GUGAAAUAUCUCCAGAGUGCAAUAUUUCCGUAAGCUCUUUUGAAACAAUCGAUCGUAUUGAAUUAAGCCAAACAUUAGGUGCAGGUGUAACAACCAUUCAAGCUAGCCCUCAUUGUGAAAUAAUGGAAUCAACUAAA